AUCUGUAAAGAUGUUUCCAAGGAAAAUCGUGCUACUGUGCAUUAUAUCAAUGGGUUUUACAGUCGUAAUAUUUGACUUACGCAGGACUAGUGUGAUGUCAUACGUGUGGCGGGUUAAAGGCAAGACGAAUCACUCGAUGGUUGGCAGACCUGGCUCUCUUCCCGCCAGCCAUCUUCCGUCCAGCUAUCCCUCCUCAUCAAUGGUGCGACUUCAAGGCUCGUCCUUGAGCUCGAUGCGAGAGGGAGGCCCGACCUGGAGGCCGAGCGAGCUCCCCGACGGUAACGUCGACGCCGGGCUCCGCCAGACCGUGUUGCUGCUGAGCUCCGUCGGCCGUAGCGGCUCCAGCUUCCUGGGCGAGGUCCUCGCGUCGCAGGGAAGGAAUAUGUAUUUUUACGAGCCCGUGCGAGCCAUGCCGGAGGGAGAGCGUGUCGACAGCGCUCUCGUGUUGGCGGAGCUCCGGAGGUACUUCCACUGCGAGCUCCGAGAAGGUUUCCUCGACCUGGUGAAGGAGCCGUACAAGGCGGCGCGGCACCCAGGAACCAAGGGCAAGGCGCGGGGGCAGGUCUCUACCGAGGAGGUCCAGCGGCUCUGCAGAAGGGAGCCCCUGAGGAUCAUUAAGACGAUCCGCACGCGCCUGGAGUGGGCGCAGGAGCUCCUCGACGACGCCGAACUCAACCUGAAGGUGAUCCACCUCGUGCGGGAUCCUCGGGGCAGCGCCGUCUCCAUGGCGGCCGUCAACUGGAAGAGCGGUGUCGAGAAAACGUGCACGGCGAUUCGGCAGGACCUUCAGCUAAAAGAGGAAAUGGAAAGAAAGUACCCAGACAGGUACUUCUUCGUGAAGUACGAGGAGUACUGCCUCGACCCCUACAGCAAGACGCGACAGAUCCUCCGCUUCCUACGGGACGGGGACACGGGAGCAGACAAAGGAAGGGACCAGGAAAGAGAUAGGGAAGCGACCCAACUCAGGGACCAGGAAUGGGACCAGACGGAGUACCAGGAGGAGCAGCUAAGGGAUCAGGAAUGGGAACAGAGGGAUUUCCAGGAAGAAGACCAGCUCAGGGACCAGGGACGGAGCCAGGAAGGGGACCAGAAACAGGAUCACGAUGGAGGCGAAGGAACCCAAAGAAGGGAGAGGGAAGACGAACAGAAAGAGCACCAGGAGGGAGACCAAAGAGGCUACCAGGAGGGAGACCAGAUCGAGGGCCAGCCAAAGAGCGCCUCGAAGGCCCUUGACGCCAGCUCCCGCCCCCCUCCUGCUUCAGAGGACCUGCCUGCAGAGGUGCUCCUCUACCUCGGCUCUCACGUCCAUGUCGCCCCGGCCGCCAGAAGGAGCCCCUGGACCACUGCGCGCAACACCUCGGUCGUGCACCAGCAGUGGCGCAGCAAGAUCACCCAGACGAAGCUGACGAUGGCGGAGGAGGUGUGUCGGGACGCCAUCCUCCUCCUCAACUACAGGCUCUUCGGCAGCGUCGCCCUCGCCAGGAAUAUGUCUAUCCCCGUGUUUGAUUAUCAU